AUGAAAUCCCUCGCUGCGGAAUGGGCGCCCCACAAGAUCCGCUGUAACUCCAUCUCGCCGGGGUACAUGAACACCCUGCUGAUUGAGAAAUUCGAUCCCCUCUUGAAGAAAGUGUGGUUUGAAAGCACACCUGUGGGACGAAUGGGCCAUGUUUCGGACUUGAACGGGGCCGCGUUGUAUUUGGCCAGCGACGCGUCUUCGUUCACUACGGGCACUGAUCUCUUGAUCAACGGUGGCUAUUAUAACGCAAGCAAAGCAGGCAUCAUCCAUCUGAUGAAAUCCCUCGCUGCGUACGUCCCUUUGUCUAGGCCUCACCAGCUUCUCUCGUCUCUGUGCAGGGAAUGGGCGCCCCACAAGAUCCGCUGUAACUCCAUCUCGCCGGGGUACAUGAACACCCUGCUGAUCGAGAAAUUCAAUCCCCUCUUGAAGAAAGUGUGGUUUGAAAGCACACCAGUGGGACAAAUGGGCCAUGUUUUGGACUUGAACGGGGCCGCGUUGUAUUUGGCCAGCCACACUUCUUUGUUCACUAUGGGCACUGAUCUCUUGAUCAACGGAAGCGGGAAUGGCCCCGCUGGUCCACGCUCGACGAUGGCCCAGGAUAUGUCUUUUGAGCACCAUAACGCAAGCAAAGCGGGCAUCAUCCAUCUGAUGAAAUCCCUCGCUGCGGAAUGGGCGCCCCACAAGAUCCGCUGUAACUCCAUCUCGCCGGGGUACAUGAACACCCUGCUGAUUGAGAAAUUCGAUCCCCUCUUGAAGAAAGUGUGGUUUGAAAGCACACCUGUGGGACGAAUGGGCCAUGUUUCGGACUUGAACGGGGCCGCGUUGUAUUUGGCCAGCGACGCGUCUUCGUUCACUACGGGCACUGAUCUCUUGAUCAACGGUGGCUAUUAUAACGCAAGCAAAGCCGGCGUCAUCCAUCUGAUGAAAUCCCUCGCUGCGGAAUGGGCGCCCCACAAGAUCCGCUGUAACUCCAUCUCGCCGGGGUACAUGAACACCCUGCUGAUCGAGAAAUUCGAUCCCCUCUUGAAGAAAGUGUGGUUUGAAAGGACUUCAGUAAUAGAAUCAUUUCUUUCCACUUGA